GAGAGAGGCGGACAAGAUGGCGUCGCCCCGCUGCCGAGGCGGGUCUGGAGUUGGGAAGCGGCCGCUCGCCAUGGGAAGCCGCCUGUAGCCCGGCGGAGGACGCGGAGAAGGAGGAGCGGCGGGAGCGGAGGAGAAGGAAGAGCCGCCGGGACGGAAGAGCGGGGCCGCCGCCAGCCGGAUUCUAAAUGGCUUCUGGGAAGUCGGGGUCUGACUUUCAUGGGAUCUUCAGUUACAUUGACGACGUCCCGUUCAAGAUAGGAGACAAGUUCAGGGCACCAGCUAAAGUUGGUUUGCCCAUUGGAUUCUGCCUGCCCGACUCUCCACAGCUUAUCAGGGAAGCUCAGUAUGACUUUUCCCUGGAAAAGAGGACUAUUGAAUGGGCCGAGAACAUUAAGAGGAUCCAGGCCGCCCAGCAAGAGGCCGAGCGGAAGGCGGAGGAGGCUGUAGCCAGCAGCAAGGCUGCCUUGGAGGAGGAGAUGCAAGGGGGCUGCCCCACGGGCACCGUCAUGCCGCCUCCCAUCAACCCCAUUCUUGCGAGCCUGCAGCACGACUGUAUUUUGACCCCGACUCCAGCCAGCAGCAGCUCCUUAAAGCAAAAGUCCCUGAGUCCUCCCCACACGAAGGCCGAUUUCAACCCGGCAGACUUCGAGUGCGAAGAAGACCCCUUUGAUAAACUGGAAUUAAAAACGCUGGAUGACAGAGAGGAACUGAAAAAUAUUCUGCAGAUCCAUGUUGGUACCACGGGGCCCAUCGUGGCCCAGCUUCUAGACAGUAACUUGCCCAAAGUGGCGGCCGAGUCUGUGUUGCAAGACCAGGAGGUCUUGGCCUCCCUAGAAAGGGCGACUUUGGACCUCAAGCCCCUUCACAAACCGAACGGCCUGAUCGCUUUGCCUCAGCUGGGAGGCUGUGAAAAGAUGGCCCUGUCUUCCAAAGUGUCUCUUUCGCCGGUGACCUCCGUGAGCAAUAUCAAGUCUCUCUCCUUCCCGAAGCUCGACUCGGACGAGAGCGACUUGCAAGCGGCCAAACUGGCAAACGCCUCCCGCCUCCACAACGGCACUUUCCUCAGCUCCUUGCAGAGCAAAAGCGGAGAACUGAAUGGGCAUCCCAGGACUGGGCUUUCCAACCUCAAUGUGGACGGAGGCCUCGAGGCUCAAACGUUGUCCUCCGCCACGUCCAGACUGCCUUCUUUGCCCACCUCCGUAGCAUGUACAGAAGAAACCCCGGCUCUCACCACAGCCACGGCGGCGACUCACCAAAGUUUCCCGACCUCCCAAGUGCCCAGGGCCCCUGACUGUGCAAAAUGGCCCUAUGCAGAGGCAUUGCAGGCCCUUUCCUCCAGCGAGCGGCAGUGCGCCGAGACCGUGGUCAACAUGGGCUACUCCUACGAGGACGUCCUGAAGGCGAUGAAGAAGAAGGGGCAGAACAUAGAACAGGUUCUAGACUACCUUUUUGUCCAUGGGCAGUUCUGCGAGAAGGGCUUCGAUCCGCUCCUUGUGGAGACUGCUCUCGAAAUGUAUCAGUGUUCGGAAGAGAAGACAACAGAACUUCUCCAGCUCAUGAGUAAAUUUAAAGAAAUGGGCUUUGAACUGAAAGACAUUAAAGAGGUAUUGCUAUUACACAACAAUGAUCAGGACAAUGCACUGGAAGACCUCAUGACCCGGGCAGGGGCCAGUUGAAGAAGGCUGAAGGGAGCCCGCUCCUCGCCCGGCCAUCCGGACCCUGGCCCUCCUCGCCAAGGGGCUCUCUGUCUCUCUGUAGCCAUUUGGGGAGGGGCAGAAGACCCCCAGAUGACCAACAAAGCGGGGAGGACAGCCCAUUGGUCCUCCAUUGGCGUCUCUCCGUUCUGCCAUUCCCCCGGAGAGAGUCCCAUCUGCUUUCUUCAAUUACAAUUUAAGUGUCCUUUCCUCCCCCUCCCCCUUUUGAUUUCGACUAGGCCACGGGAAAUCUUGACUGGAGCUGUACAUAGUCAGGCCAAGGCUAGUGGUCUCCUCCCUCUCCCCCCAAAUCUUGCACUGGACUUGCCCCGUUUUGGAAAUGAACUACGCUUUGGUUCUUUGAA